AUGGCUCUGUAUGAUGCCAACGUCCAGCUUGGCUCUGAUGGACGCAUAUGGCCUUCCCCGGAGCGGUUCUGGCGCCAAUACGACAUCUGGAUCCCCUCCUGGUUCGAAGCCAACGGCCCAGUCAUCAACGCUAUCCUCACACUGGUCUCCGUUGCGCAGAGCUCUCCGUCGUCACCGCCGAGUCCGCCUCUACGGCUCGUCCAGCACGACAGUGCAGCGCGUCGCGGCCGUGCGCACCUCUGGGACCUGGUUGUGCCUGCCUACGUGCUCUUCCAAGGCGAGUGGGGCUUCGAGCCCGAGCCGGACCUGCCUCAGACCUACCUGCGCUCAGCGGCGCCGGCCGACGCCGAGCCGUGUGUGAUCAAGGUGCCGUGCGCGCUGCCGUCGGACGACAUCUACUUCUCCGACGAGGGCGAGUUCGACGAGGCCUUCAACGCCGUGCGCCUCCGGGAAGCGCGCGAGAAGAUUGCGGUUCUUGCUGCCGACAAGGACGCCGAGCAGCGCCGCCUGCUGCAGCGCGAGGUGGCGGCGUACGAGGCGCUGGCGGCGCUGCAGGGCACGGCCAUUGCUAAUCUGCUGUACGUCGGCCCGCUGCGUCUGCGCCUGCGCGGCGACAUGGAUUGUGCGCUGGUCAUCGACAACGAAGGCACGCCGCUCGAUACGCUCGACGCCUCGGCCGUCGCGGACAUGUCGCCGGCGGAGCUGCCAGCGGCUGUCGAGCACGCCCACGCCCAGCUGCACGCGCACGGCUGGUGCCACGGCCAGGUGCAGCGCUGCAACAUGCGGCUCUUUGCCGACACCAAGAGCGUGCGCCUUGUGGGCCUCGAGUAUGCCGAGCGCACGGACAGGGCGGCGGACCAUGCGGCCGAGAUGCGCGAGGUGCGGGUGCUGCUCGACGAGUGGCUCGGCAAGGUCGGCGAGGCGCGGGCACGUCGCACGGCGCACAGAACCAAAUGA